AUGCUUCGCGAUACGGACGGCUCAGACGACGAGGGUUAUCAGGACCCCCAGCCAGGCUCCAGGAAACGCAGCAGUAGAGCUUGUGAUCAAUGCAGGAAAACAAAGAGCAAGUGCGAGCGACCUGACGGGGAAGCUCUACCAUGCAAGAGUUGUCUUGCGAGCGGCACAGCUUGCACUUUCUUAGGUCCAAGUUACAAAAGAGGCCCUCCGAAGGGCUAUAUUCAUGCUAUCGAGCAGCGAUGGCAUCAAGUGGAAUGUCUAAUCGGCGCGCUGUUGCAAUGCAACGACCCCCGAGUACAAAGCGUGAUACAAGACCUACGGAGGGAUAACCUCGCCAGUGCAAUUCUUGAUAGGGUUGACACAGGACCGUAUGGGCCUUCUGGGAGACAGCAUACGACGCAAAAGUCCACUAAGGAGGAUUUCUUUGCUACGAUUAUGAAGAGUAGCCAGGGGUCGGGCGGGGAUGCGUCGAGGACACGGAGACAGUCACGAGUUUCGAGGGAAAUUGUGUCCUCUACACAAGACCAUGAUCUUUCCGUUGUUCCGACGCUCGACUGGCAAGACAAACUUGCGUUGCGGUUAGGUUCAACACAUCCCCAUCCCGAUGCGUACGGCAGCCCUGUCUCCCCCGGUGCUUCUCUCGACACAUACGGAGUUCCACAUUCCCAACGCCGCCGUUUAGACGAGGGAACAUUAGAUAUUAUGGCACAGCAAGCGCAGUCACCAAUGUCUACCCAAGAGUCUACUAGUAGCUAUGAACCAACAGAUGCUAUGGGUCAACUCUCCCUUGAUGAAGAUCAGGAGCUUCGAUAUCACGGCAAAGCUAGUGGUCUCCACCUUUUGAGUCGGACCGAUAGAACCGAUAAUAGAAAUGAGGGGGGCAUCUGGAAAAUGCCCAUGGCGCGAAUGUGGCCUCCGUCCCAAAAUGCGAACUUGUACUUUGGGCACGAGGAGGACGUUGACGUUAGGCUCCCCCCAAUCGAAGUCCAGGAUCGGCUCAUUGAGUUAUACUUUACAUACAUCCACCCCCUCUUCCCGGUUCUGCAUCGAAUACGAUUUAUGGAAGAGUAUGAACUAAAAUUACUCGAGACAUCAAGGAAUAGCCCAAGCUCUACCACGAACCCCACCAAGCCCGACUUCUCUCAGAAAGUGUCGAAGCUACUCCUCCUUGCUAUUUUUGCUAUCUCUGCCCGUUUCACCUGCGACAGAAACCAAACGACUGCCCGGGGUGUGAUGUGGGAGGAGGGUUGUGAAUAUCUUGACAGUGCGCGAAAGAUAUUAAACCAGGUUUACCAUCGUUCGCGGUCGCCAACUGUCCAGGCUCUGCUCCUCCUUGGCUACCGAGAAUUUGGGAUCGGCUCCAUGGAACAGGCUUGGAUCUUUCUUGGCAUGGGUAUUCGUAUGGCCACAGACUUGGGUCUGAAUUGUGAUUCCGGAAAAUGGAGGAGAAACGGUCGUGAUUUGCUGACCCCCGAGGAAACUCAGACGAGACGGCACAUAUGGUGGACUUGUUGUCUUGCUGAUGUGUAUGGAUCAGUGUAUAUGGGGCGACCGGUGGCUAUCCAUGCAAGUGAUUACGAUGUCCCAUUACCGGACGUUGACGAGGCUGAGGACCGCAUCAUUUGGGAGCCCCCACAGUUUGAGGUCAUUAAGCCCAAUAUUCCUCCGUGUCCUGGCUUCUACUCCGACUGCUUCCUCGCCAAUGCCACGCUGUCCGUUAUUGUUGGCGAUUUGAUCGGGCAGGUGUACCCUGUCCGCACCGGUCCACAAAUGGACGCGCAUUCCGGGUUGGAAGCGCGGCUCGCUCAGUGGUAUUUGCAGCUGCCCCAGCCUCUCCGGUAUGAUCCUUCGAAUAAGCGGAUUACUCAACCACCGCAUAUUAUUACACUGCACGUGCGUUAUUGGGGCGCAGUGCUUUUGCUGCAGCGAGCAUUUAUCCCCAAUUGGAGCACUACUGGGCCAGAUAUGCAUAGCUCGACGCAGGAACUGAAAGCCUUCGACCUUGCACAAAGUGCAGCUAGUCAUAUCAGUACAAUUAUUACAUCUUUCCGCGAGACCUUUACCAUGAAGCGAACAUCCCCUUUCUUAACGUCGUAUCUAUUAAACGCAGGCGUAAUGCACAUCUUGACAUUGACGCUUCGAUCAUCGAACCCUCAGGCGACAUUGGGACUUCAACAAUGUCUGAGUGCUUUGGAAGAUAUGGCGAUUGUGUGGCCGAGCGCAAGCCGUGCUUGGGAUUUGCUCAAUAAUGUGAAACUCGGUUUCGACAAAGUACACACCAUGCCCCCACAAAAUAUGGCAAGAAACAAACGCUUAGCGGAGGAUGCGUUCGCUCAAGAAAGUACACCAGAGGCACCUUCUUCUUUCGACCCAGCUGCUGUGAAUGGUGUACAAGAUCUCAACAUGCGCAUCAUGGCCCACAUGCUGGGACUUGACAUUCCUGGCAUCGAGGCCUCUACCUCUUUUUAUCCUGGGUAUGAAUGGUGGCCCCGUACCAACGAAGCAAUGCCACCUGGGGCAGGUCCAUCGACCAAUGACGUCGGUAAUCAAGCCAUUGCCUACCCCCAUAAUGUCCCUCAGCCGCAAAAUACUCCUUCGACGGGAUGGCUGAUGAAUGACACUGAAAAUCCUCCAUAUCGAUUCUAUCCGGGCUUGUAA